GAAAUUGCAAGGGAAUAAAGUAUAACGUACCAGUACCAUAUUCCUUCAUUAUGCCCUGUGAAAUAGUUGGACUGUUAUGUUUGAUUUUUUCUGCAUUUUAAAAGUAUAUUUUACAUUUGUUUUUAGUUUGGAACUAACAAUGAUAAAUCACACCAGUGUUUUGUGGGGUUACAGGCAGUUAUGAUCUCAUCUUACUAUUAAAACAUAUAAUAUUUGUUAACAAAGAUUCUUCCGAUUGAUACAUCUACAAACUAAUGCAUCACUACUAAAUCUCCUAUUUUGAAUAUCAAGUUUUGCAUAAAAAGAAUUUAAGUCCAUAUAUGAAGAGGAUAAGUGAAGUAAAACUGUUUAAUGGUUGUGUAAUAUUUAUAACAUUUGUUUCAGGGCCAGCAGUGGAGUAGCCAACUUCAGCAGGAAUGAUAGACAGAGUUCUAUUAACAAGAAACGGACAGUGCGGUACCAGGAGUACACGCCUCUGGGAAGGUCGAUAAUGCAGGGAACUGUGAAUCUUCCACCCUAUUUUUCUUUUCGGGUGAUGUCCUACAACAUCCUAGCGGACACACAUAUGGCCACAUACAUGGACAACUACAAAAAAAUGUCCUCCUGGGUGUCUCAGUUGGGAGAACAGAAAGAAAACACUCUUCCAUGAGAUUUUGGCUGAGACACCAGACAUCUCCUGCUUGCAGGAAGUAGAAGAUGCUCAAAAGGAGGACCUAUUUGAACCCUUUAGGACAAAGGGUUACGAUGUCCUGUAUGUUGGCCGUGGCGGGGAUAGGCCAGAUGGCUGUGCGGUGAUGUAUAGGACAAGUGAAUUCCGGGUUGUAGAUUUUACCCCUAUUCACUACCAGCGUCCAGAGGUAGGUCUCUUGGACCGCCCAAACGUGGGCAUGGUAGUGAAAUUUGAGGUGAGACGGCACCCGGGUCACUUUGUGGUGGUGGCUAACACCCACCUCCUAUACAAUCCACGCCGCAUGGACAUCAAGCUCUGUCAGCUGACCAUCCUGCUGGCAGAGACAGAGCGGAUGGCCUCCUGUGGUCCUAACAAAUAUCACCCCGUGAUUCUUGCUGGAGACCUGAACGCUCGGGCGGACUCGGGCCUGAUUUCUCUGCUGAGGAACGGGUCUGUGGACUGCCGUGACGUAGUUCCGGGUCACUGGCGCAAUGUUAGGAUUACAGACAGAGAGACACUGUCAGUGCCCAUCGGUCUGCUCGGCAAGUAUCUGAAUAUUUCGGAUACAUGCCAGUAUACUGAUGUGGUUGCUGCCAGGGCACAAGGGUUGGAGGAUCCCAGGAAAAACUCAGCUAUGGGGGUGGAUGAGCUGGAUAGAAUCUCCCCAAGAACCCUCUCCCCCCAGAAAGUGUUAGGUCUCGAGGAACUCCUCGAGAAGCUUCGGGUUUGCUCUGACAUCAGCCUGGGGUCUGCCUGCAAUGCCACAGGUCUCUCUCAAGUCGUAACAUCCCCGCCAAAGAAUGAAAACGAAUAUAGGGUGGUAAGAAAUUACAUCGCCCCUCACCUUAGGAGCUCUUCGUGGUGCUUGAGGCAUCCCUUCCACUUCAUGGAUGUCUACCAGAAUCCUAUCACUGGUAGACAUGGGAGCCUCAGACAGGGCAAUCAGAAGCAGCUAUUUGUCAAAGAUUACAUAUUUUUACAGUGUGAACUCCAGCCCCUAAUCAGCUGA